AUGCCGUCAAUAACGAUCACAGUGAAAUUCGGGGACUCAGAACAUCAAUUUGAGAUCGAUACCCAAUGGAAUAUCUUAUUUCUCAAGCAACGAGUCUGUCAACUAUUUUCUUUGAAUGCCGAAGAAUGCGAUCUCUACAUCAAGUCUUCUCGGUUGGAUGAAUACUCGAAGAUCUUAAACACAGAAAUAAGUGAUAACUCUGUUGUUCAGGUUGUUCUCCGGGGAAAGAAAAAUCGGUUUUUCGUUUAUUGUUACGAAUGUAGUGAGGUAUCCUGCGCCUCACUUGAGUGGAAAUGUAAUAUUUGCAAUAAGAAUGGCUUUGUACCAUCGGAUGCGUCCCAACCGGAACACAAAGUUUCCGGAACUUGUUCUUCUAACCGAUGUGAAUCCACUUCUGGAACGCUAAAUUUUCAUUGUAUUAAGUCCCUGGAACACUGUCCGGUUGUGUACCUACAACAUGUCAAUCGUAAUCUGGACUGUAUACCGUGCAUCGCCUGUUUAUCGGAAGAUUGCGAACUAAUUGUUACCAUAUGCGACCACAAAACACAUGCUUUGUGCUUGCCUUGUUUCAAGACGUAUGCCACCGAAUAUUUAGAAGAAGGUCUGUUCACAUUGGUGGAUGAAUUGGGAUACACUUUAGGUUGUCCAGCCGGAUGCCCCAAUGCUUACGUUUCUGACCCCCAUCACUUUCGUCUGAUUGGAAAGGAUUUUUACUCCCGUUACAAAGAAUUCUCUGUCAACCGCUUCAUGCUUACAAAAGACUCUGCUAUAUGUCCGGCUUGUGGUCAGCGUUCUGCGUGGGUAACCUGUGCAAUUCCCGUUGGCUGUGGUAAACUCUUUUGCCCCGUCUGUAAUUGGCAGUAUUCUGACAAUGCAACAAAUCCACCUUCCUUUGGGUUUUAUCCCAUUUGGCGAGAGAAUCGCGAAACCAUUGCACGAAUAUGUCGUCCAUGCCCCCGGUGCAAAACGGCCACCGAAAAGGCCGGUGGUUGUAAUCAUAUGCAUUGUUCCCGUUGUGGAUUUGAUUGGUGCUGGAUUUGUUGUGAUGAUUGGACCGGGGAAUGCCAAUCUCUCCAUUGUGUUUUAACUAGGUGGUACGACGUAUGUUACUCUCCGGUCAUCUCAAUUUCAAUCUCCCGGUUAUGUUUGGAAGUUUAG